GCUCAACCGAAUUAUGACCGUCUUCAGUGCACUAUGAGAUUAUCCAAACUAUCUGAUGAUCAUGUUUAAGAGGGGCAAUUCGAACAAUCCAUGGAUCGCUGACUCACUCGUCAGCACAGAAAAACACACAGGAUGAACGUCAGCCAGGAUGACUAUGCCCGUAUGGUCACAAUCUAUACCAACAGGAGGAAGCAGACAGAUCUUCAACAAGUUCCCAAAAUCCACAGGCGUUUCUAUUCGAUAAAAGCUGCAAGAACGUCUACCAAAGAGAACAAGCAUAAAAUUACAUUUCGAGACAAGAGGUUCAAGAGUUACGCUGUGGAAGGAGCGACGUUCAGGUUGUUCCUUGUCCCGAAAAAGCCCACGAAAAGGAUGCAUUUUUUGGUCAAAGAUCGCUACAAAAACGUUCUCGAGAAUAAAACCCUAGAUCCCGAGAUAUUGCCGAAAUGGAUGGAAAUAUUCGUCAUAUCGGUUGAUCCGAUAACUCCGUUCGAAGUGACCUGCCAUCCAGCAUGUGUUAUAAAACAGCCUACUCUCAAUUUAUUCAAAUACAGACAGGGCAUUUUGGGCGGGAGCCCCCUGACACGGACGAAGAGAGCGUCAAAGACGAAAUGGGAGUCGUUCAUCUUAGGACAAUCCGAUCCGAAACUGCCCAAGGACAAUUCGCCGUUUGUCGUUUCCGACUGCAGAAAACUGCCCGCCAAUGCGGACCUUUGCUGUCGGAUGCGAAUGGAGAUGCUUUUCAAAAUGACGCCCGGCUUCGAGUUCGUGAUCCAACCGUUUUCCUACGACGUCGGUUACUGCAUGGGCUCCUGCCCCGGAAGGCACAACUGGCUCAACCAUUACACCAACAUCAAAACAAUGUUCUGGAUGAUGAAGAAGGAAAAGAAAGCCCUCUGCUGCGUACCGUCUAAAAUGGAGAACGUCGAAGUCCUCUAUUUGAGCUCCCAAGACUCGUCCAAACUGGCUAUAUCGACAUGGGUCGGUAUGAAAGCCUCGGAAUGCGCCUGCACGUAAUCUGAAAAUAAAAUAAAUUUCAUAAAAUAGCGGAUACGACCCGAAUGAUGACCCUUUCAACAUUUCCCGACCUUCCCUUUGAGCACCAUACAGAACCGAUUUAAAAAAAAAAAUACUCUAUGAAAUAUUUAAUCGUGAUGCAGUAAUUGAUGUGUAAUGUAUAUUCUUAUUUACUACUCUCUUCGACCAAAUAAUGAAAUUCGGUUUAAAUGGUUGAGUCGACUCUGCUCAGGAGAUGGCAGUCACGGUCAUAAGAUCACACUCGGAAGAUUCGAGAUUCGAAUAAACAAAAAGCAAAGGUGGUGGAACUUCUUUUUAAUUCCGAACCAUCGUAUCGGACCGCGCGGUAGAAUUUAAAAAAAUCGCCAGACGAAUUUUUGUGAUCUCAGGAGUUGUUUUCGAUUAGAAUGAGAAAUUUUAUCUAUUAGGAACACUACGUUUUUCCUACAAAAUAAAUUUAAAUUCCUAUUAAAGAACUGCAAGAAUCCAAUUUAGCAGCAAAGGUAGUUACAUUUAACCGUUCCAGAAGAGAUAGAACGUUUUAUUUUCAAUUCUGACAAUCUACACUAAAACCAUUAGACAAAAUGAUUUUUAAAAAAGCAAUAGUUCGUUCAAAAAAAAGUUACCCUUAACGUUUGCACUUGUACUAACGAAAAAAUUAGAAGAUAAGCUUAAAAUUCAAACAAACUUUUCAUCCAUGCCUACAAAGAUCUUAAUAUAAGGCUCAACGAUGAAGAAAGUGCACAGUUUUGACUAGAAACAUUGAUUUUUAGCAUACUACACAAUAAAGAAAAGUGACAUUUAAUUAUUCUUUAUUCAAUUGAGUUUAAUGGCGAUUUCGCCGGAUUAUGUGUACUUUAAUUAUCCGUAUAUUAUUUGGUUUUGUGUAGAUUUAAUUAAGAAAAAUAAUUUUGUCCACUGCGUCCAUUUCUAGCACGUGUUAUUCUUUUUCUUUUCUAAAGUUUAAAACCUUAAUUAUUUUAGUACAAGAAAAAAAAAACGGUUGUAUAAAUAUUUUUGUAUAUACCAAUUUGGCUGUAAAUGAACUUAGACUCCUCUAAAUGAGACUGUAAUUUAAUUUGUAAAUUGAAAUUGUAAAAUUUUUGUCGAUGUUUUUAUUUAAUUUUUAAGAAAAUUUAAGACGAUUGUAAGUAUUUUUUCUGUAAUUUAAAAUAUAUAAAAAGGUUUUUUUUUGUUUAAUAUGUAAAUAUUAUUAGUUUUAGUUAAUUUUUAAGAUGUUUCAGUCGCUACCUCAUUUUAUGUAAACCUUUCGUUGUAAAUAAAUAGACACGAUGCAAUGUAAA